AGGAAGAGUAUUCAUCUGCUCGUUUUUAGGGUUUUACAUACUCGAGUCGGUCUCAGCAGCAAGCAAAGAGCAAUGGUUAGCAGACAGUUGACGGCAGAAUCGGUGCCGUUGUUCCAGGAAGGAAUAGGUUUAUUCCUGUCUCGGUGGUCGGUUCUGCAACUGGCCGUCGAAAACGAGUGGGGCUGAGCUCCUCCUCUCCGAUGUCUUCUCCUUCUUUAACAGCUCAAAGGUGGUCGCUUUUCCCCCAUAAUUCUUCCUUUUCCAUUCCUUUUUUUUUUUAGCUGUAUUUCUGGAAUAAGUUUGAGUUCUGCUUCUGUAUGAUUAAAUUUGCCAACUUUUG